GAGCGAUCAGCCACUCUUGUUACUGUGAAACAAUACUCGAGUCGAUCCUCGGCAGCGAAGUCCAUCGUCUUCAGUGGUUGAGACCCAAAAAGCUAGAGAGAAUCAGAGAGAGUGCUGAAUGGGAUACAUACAGCAAGCACGUGAGAAUCACGUGAAAAAGAAGGUAGAAGAAGCAUUGCGGAGCAAAAUGAAGCAGAAGGCGUUGCAGGAAUGCAAGGAUUUGGCGUCCAAGUAUGCGGAAUGCUCUUAUGGGAGAACCAUUUCUGUGGUUUGGCAGUGUCGGCAACAAGCUAAGGAAUUAAACGAGUGCCUUCACCAAUUCACUAACGAUGACGUCUUGGAGGAAAUGAAGAGAGACUACAUGCUUCAACAAGAUGGGAAAGUGUCUGCAAAAGGCUGAGCUCGUGCCUCGCAACAGAAACCGAGCAUUGUCGUAGAAUUUUUUUUGUUAUCACGUAUUCUGGCGACAUUUUUUUUCUUCAAAGCGGAUAUGCUAAUCAUCACUUGGUUCAUAUUUUCACAAAUUCUUAAGUUGCAUGAUUUUGUUUUCUUCUGUGGUUCAGCCAAUGAACGGGAGUGGUGUAUGAAGCAUUUUCGAAUGAAACUUAUGAAUUUACUAAAGAUUUCAUACAGAUCUA